UUCGUCUUACUAUUUCUCUCUCUACGUAUUUUAUGUUCUCUCUCUAUAAACAUAUCGUCGUAUGCAUGCGUGUAAGGGGAGUGAUGAUGAACAAAAGGAAGAUUUAAUAUCAAGCAGAAGAAUAGCAAAAAAGAUGAACCCGUUUUCUUAGCAGAUAAACCGGAAAAAAACCCAGAAAUCUAGAGAGAGAAUCGAAGCAUUACUUCUCUCUAAGUUUAUUACUUGUGGAAACACUCUGAAGUUGCAGUCUGCCUUCUGGGUUUUUGGGCUUUGGGUCUUCUUACAUUUUAACCGAGUUUUGAGAGAGAGAGUAAUAAUAGUUGUCGUUUUGAAAUACUCAGAAGCCAUUAGCAAGACCUGGUGUUCUUCUCUUUCUCUCUCUAGCAUUUCUCCGAGGAGACAAUUUGGGUUGUUGGGUUUUGUUCGAGAUGAGAGAAGAAACAGAGAAUCACGUGGUUUUGAAGAAUCAGAAGCCAUUAACGAGUAUUCAGAACGAGAAGAAAGCUCAAGAACCCCAUUCUCAGGUCAAGAUCAAAGGGAGAAGAAGACAGAGGGGUAGAGCGAGAAAGGAAGGAAAACUCAAUGGAAUUCAACAUGGAGGUGGCGCUAAUGGAAGUGAAAUGGAGACGAGUCCUCCUUCAAGCAAAAGCUUCAGGUUUCCUCUUAGACCGGGGCAAGGCCAGUUAGGAACCAAGUGUUUGGUGAAAGCAAACCAUUUCCUUUCUCAGUUUCCUGGCAAAGACGUUACUCAGUAUCAUGUUACUAUAACACCAGAGGUGGUCUCUAAGAGGAUGAACAAGGCUGUGAUGGCAGAGCUGAUAAAGGUUUACAGGGAAACAGAUUUGGGAAUGAGGCUUCCAGCCUAUGAUGGGGCUAAGACUUUAUACGCCGCUGGUGAACUUCCUUUCACUUCAAAGGAGUUCACCAUCUGGCUUGUUGAUGAAGAGGAUGGAGUUGAUGGCUCAAAAAGAGAGAGAGAAUUUAAGGUGGUUAUUAAGUUUGUUGCUCAUGCCAACUUGCAACAUUUGGGUGAAUUUCUAGCUGGUAGACGAGUGGACGCCCCGCAAGAAGCUCUCAAGGUUCUUGAUGUAGUCCUAAGGGAACUCUCAAGGCAAAGGUACUGUCCCAUUGGGAGAUCCUUUUAUUCCCCUGAGCUUCGAAGACCACAAAGGCUUGGAGAUGGGUUGGAGUCAUGGUGUGGUUUCUACCAGAGUAUCAGGCCUACACAAAUGGGGCUUUCCCUAAAUAUCGAUAUGUCGUCAACUGCUUUUAUUGAACCGCUCCCUGUUGUUGAGUUUGUGGCUCAAAUCUUAAACAAAGACGUAUUAUCUAGGCCACUGUCCGAUUCUGAACGUGUUAAGUAUCACCUUAUUGCAAAGAUCAAGAAGGCUCUUCGAGGUGUGAAAGUAGAAGUCACACACAGAGGAAAUGUGCGUCGGAAAUAUCGAAUUUCAGGAUUGACAUCACGACCCACUAGAGAGCUUGUGUUUCCUGUUGAUGACUUGUUAAACAUGAAGUCAGUUGUUGAAUAUUUCCAAGAAAUGUAUGGAUUCACUAUCCAAUACACACAUCUACCAUGCCUUCAAGUGGGAAAUCAGAAAGUAAAUUAUCUGCCGAUGGAGACAUGCAAAAUUGUGGAGGGACAACGUUAUACAAAGAGAUUGAAUGAAAAACAGAUCACCUCUCUUUUGAAAGUUACAUGUCAAAGACCAAAGGACAUGGAAACAGAUAUUCUACGGACUGUGCAUCAUAAUGCAUAUGACCAAGACCCAUAUGCAAAGGAAUUUGAUAUUAAAAUCAGUGAAAAUUUGACCCCUGUUGAAGCACGGAUCCUUCCAGCACCUUGGCUUAAAUAUCAUGACUCUGGAAAAGAAAAAGAUUGCUUGCCUCAGGUUGGUCAGUGGAAUAUGAUGAACAAGAAAAUGAUCAAUGGGAGCACUGUGAACCAUUGGGCAUGUGUUAACUUCUCCCGGAGCGUUCAAGAUCAUGUCGCCCGUGGGUUUUGCAGUGAGCUGGCUAAAAUGUGUCAAGUCUCUGGCAUGGUAUUCAAUCCUGAACCCAUUAUCCCUAUCUACAAUGCCUGGCCCGAACAAGUGCAAAAGGCUUUGAGACAUGUCUAUAACGCAACCAUGAACAAGCUCAAUGGGAAAGAGCUAGAUCUACUCUUGGCCAUUCUACCUGAUAAUAAUGGCUCUUUGUAUGGUGAUCUUAAACGGAUAUGUGAAACUGACCUGGGCCUGAUAUCUCAGUGCUGUCUCACAAAGCAUGUGUUCAAGAUAAGCAAACAAUACUUGGCAAAUGUCUCUCUAAAGAUUAACGUUAAGAUGGGAGGAAGAAAUACUGUUCUUUUAGAUGCUAUCAGUUGGAGGAUACCAUUGGUUAGUGACAUACCUACCAUAAUAUUCGGAGCCGAUGUGACACAUCCAGAAACAGGGGAAGAUUCCAGUCCAUCUAUUGCAGCGGUUGUAGCUUCUCAAGACUGGCCAGAAAUAACUAAAUAUGCUGGGCUGGUUUGCGCACAGGCUCAUAGACAAGAGCUUAUCCAGGAUCUGUUCAAGACCUGGUAUGAUCCUAAUAGAGGCACAGUCUAUGGUGGAAUGGUUAGAGACCUCUUGAUGUCCUUCAAAAAGGCAACUGGCCAGAAGCCACUGCGAAUCAUCUUUUACAGGGAUGGCGUGAGCGAAGGUCAAUUUUAUCAAGUGUUACUUUAUGAGUUAGAUGCCAUCCGUAAGGCUUGUGCUUCACUUGAACCAAACUAUCAACCUCCAGUCACAUUUGUGAUUGUCCAAAAACGACAUCAUACACGACUGUUCCCCAACAACCCUAAGGAGAAAGGGAGUACCGACAAGAGCGGCAAUAUUUUACCUGGCACUGUGGUGGAUUCGACUAUUUGUCAUCCUACUGAGUUCGAUUUUUACCUAUGCAGCCAUGCUGGUAUUCAGGGAACAAGCAGGCCGGCACACUAUCAUGUGCUGUGGGAUGAGAACAACUUCACAGCUGAUGGUAUACAGUCUUUGACAAACAAUCUCUGUUACACGUAUGCACGCUGCACACGUUCUGUCUCAGUGGUUCCUCCUGCUUAUUAUGCACACCUAGCGGCAUUUCGGGCGAGGUUUUAUAUGGAGCCCGACAAGUCUGAAUGUGGGUCUCAUGUGGUGGGAGGUGGUCGGAACAAUUGUUUGUCAAAUCAGUCUGGUGUCCGGCAAUUGCCUGCGCUGAAGGAAAAUGUAAAGAAGGUGAUGUUCUAUUGUUGAUGAUGUGAUGUUAACAAUGAUGGUAAUUUUGAAAAUCACGGUGAUAGUGAUGGUGAAGAUGAUGAUCCACCAUUUAUUCUUUUCAUUGUUUAACGUGUUUAUGUUUUGUUUAUGAAGAGAAAGGAAAUGACGAGAUUUCAUGUCAGCAUGUGCCGCAAUGCUCCUGCAAAUUUUAUGUAUUGUGAGCUAAUAUGACUGAAUCAUGUAGAUUUUGUUGACAAAGAAUUACAGAAAAGCAAAAUAACUAUGGAUCCGAAGGCUUAGUAACCAGUUGUAUGAGAUAGUGAUAUUCUUUAUUGA